AGUGAAGAGGUGCAGCUGCGGCAGGACCCGGUGAGGAGACAGGACAUAGAAGGAGGGAUUGGUUCUGACCAGUGACCCCAGCCCUCCAUUCUGACUGCUCCCCCAAGAAAGAUGGCACUAGCCAGGACAGAGUUCCAGUCCCUGCUGCUGCUCCUGCUGCUGGGGCUGUGGGUGGCCGAGACCCCAGUCAGUGCCAAGCCCAGCCACAUGACUUCAUCUCAGUGGUUUCAAACUCAGCAUGUGCAGCCCAGCCCUCAAGCAUGCAACUCAGCAAUGCGCAACAUCAACAAGUACACAAAACAUUGCAAAAACCUCAACACCUUCCUGCAUGAAUCCUUCUCCAGUGUGGCAGCCACCUGCCAGACCCCCAGUAUAGCCUGCAAGAAGAAGGGCCGUAAAAACUGCCACCAGAGCCAUGGGCCCGUGUCCCUGACCCUAUGUGAACUCACCUCAGGGAAGUACCCGAACUGCAGGUACAAAGAGAAGCACCUCAAGAAGGCUUACAUAGUGGCUUGUGACCCUCCCCAGAAAAGGGACUCUCAGCAAUUCCAGCUGGUUCCUGUGCACUUGGACAAAAUCCUUUAGGUUUCCAGACUGCCUCACUCUUUGGCUGAGGCUGAAUUCUCUCUCCAGGCCUCUGCACCACUCUGCCUCUCCUACACUCAGAGCAUUCUCUUCCCCUCAUCUCUUGGGGCUCUUCUUGGUUCAGCCUCUUCUGGGAAGCUGGGGGAACUAAGGCUGACACCUUGGUGGGCUGAGCUCCAG